GGGUUACACGUUCAGUGGAGAAGUCGGUCUUAUCGAUAUACCCAGUGAACGCUAUUAUAGGUAGGUAACAACUUAUGGAAUUCUAUGAGCAUGCGCUCAACAAAGAUCCCGCGUACAUGCAACGCAUCGGCCAAACCUCAAAUGGCGAAUGCGCCCUGCUCUUAGGAAUACUUCCUCGAGAGCACGAUGCGUCGCGCCUUUUGCUCGAGAUGGCUCAAUCCCGCUCUCAGCAUUGUGGAGCACCCGAGAGGAGUUGAGCCGCCUCUGUUUCUUUGUCCAUCCAUCCACACAUCCCUGCGUCGUCUAAGACUCGAGGUUGCCGCAUUCCCAUCCCCGGCACCAGCUUCACCAUGGACACCGCAACGCCAGUUCUUGCACUUGGCACAUCCAAAAGCCGAGGCGGACGUACAAAUCCCGCCACCGUCUGUUCGUGGUGCUCCUCAACCUCUGCCCACUCGAAAAUUGCCGAGGCAAUGUCGAGGUUGUGGUGCUCUGACACAAACGUCUCGCCCUGGCCAACCUGGCUACUUUGAUCUUGGUCGCAAGGCUGUCCAGAACUUCCUCGGGAUUGCACUAGCGGAAAAACGUUCUCGAGCAGAAGAUAAGAUUUACGAAGAGGCCCUGAUGCGCCUUGAUCAUGAACAGCUGGAGAAGCAGGGGGUCGAUGUAGAGGGGCUUCUGCUGAGUCUGGAAUCCUCUCGAGCACCUAAACCAGUGCCUACAAAGGUGCCUCUUUGCGAUCGAUGCCACGACCUAUAUCACAACCAUUCUGGGAAGUCAAUAUCUCACCCUUCCGUAGACGCUAUCAGAGACACGAUCCUCGAGUCGCCAUGGAAACAUAAUCAUGUCUAUCACGUCCUCGACGCUGCCGACUUCCCCAUGUCCCUAUUGCCGCAGCUCUCGCACUUACUCGAUACCAUGCCUCUGAGGUCUCAGAACCGCCGGUCCAGGCACGUCAGGUAUUACCAUGGCCGCAAGACUGAGCUUAGUUUCAUCAUUACGCGAUGCGAUCUGCUGGCACCUCAGCCAAAGCAGGUGGAAAAGAUAUUCCCGCUUAUGCAGGAGCUUCUGCGGGACGCCCUCGGAAAGACUGGGCAGAACGUGCGCCUGGGCAAUGUGGCACUGGUGAGUUCGAAGAGGGCCUGGAGGACGAAGGAGCUGAAAGAAGACAUCUGGAACCGCGCUGGAGCCACCUGGAUGGUUGGCAAGGUAAAUGUCGGCAAAAGCCAACUUAUUGAACAAAUCCUUCCCAAAGGGAGAAUGGAUUGGCCACCUCCAAGAGACCAGAUCAGGAUUCAUAUGCAGAGUAGCAGCACGCGAGGCCAAAGGACGGAGGCGACGGACGAAGCAAGCGAAAACGCGGAGCUCACGCCGGAGGAGACCGAAACCGGAGUGAUAGAAGAGGUUAAGGAGGGAGAGAUUGACACAUACGCUCUUCUACCACCGCCGCCCAAGGAGGUCAACUAUCCCGAAAUGCCACUAGUUUCUGACCUACCCGGUACGACAGCUUCACCGAUCCGCAUUCCGUUUGGCAACGGACUUGGCGAGCUCAUCGACCUCCCUGGAUUGGAACGUUCCGGUCUGGAGAAAUAUGUCAAAGAGGAACACCGUCCGUCUUUGGUUAUGCGCUCCCGCAUCGUCCCCGAACAGAUGACGCUAAAGCCAGGCCAGUCGCUGCUGCUCGGCGGCUUCAUCCGCAUCACGCCGAGGGACCCAAAGCUCAUCAUGUUAACCUACGCAUUCACUCCGAUCAAACCGCACGUGACGAGGACCGACAAAGCAAUCCAGAUCCAGAUGCAGACUGACAGCAUCAACAUUGAGAACAUCGCCGAACCGGGGACGGGCGAGAAGACGAAACUAGCAGGCUCCUUUGAACUCAGAUGGGACGUGACCAAGAAGCGUACAGGCCCCCUGACGAGGAAGCAUGACGUUGGGUUAAAGGUGGAGCAACUACCGUAUCGUGUUCUGUCCGCCGAUAUCCUGAUCGAAGGCGUCGGAUGGGUAGAAAUUACUGCGCAGGUUCGCACCAAGGCCCUCUUUGGAGAGAAGCCAAAGUCUGAGCCAGGGGGAGGGGAGCUGGCGCAGGAGCCAGGGGGGAAGACGGGAUUGUCGCCGCUAGAAAGGCUAGAGCUAGCGGGGACUUGGACUGGCGAACCAUCUAGGUCGCGAGAGAAGAUGCCAGCGCGUGGUAGCGACGAGUGGACGCAGGCCGAGGACAAGGGCGAGCAGGAGUUCAACUGGCCAAUUUUGGAUGUGUAUAGCCCCGAGGGCAAGUUCAUAUCGGUUCGCCCGCCUUUGAAUUUGUGGUUGAUGAACAAGCCGAAGGGGACAACCAAGUCGAGGCCGAGGAGGAGCAUGAAGGGUAUGAAAAAGCUGGAGAAGAGGCGCAAGCGAGAGCGGGAGGCUUCUGCCGGCGGCAGCGCCAACCCGUAACUUCAUCACAGCCUUGAAAUCGUGGGCGCUUUCGUCGUGGUCGAGUUGAGCCAGAGUCCUGUUGCCGUCCCGCCAAUGAUAUCCGUCGUAUGUGCGUAGGCCGGACCUCGACGCGCGCCUAGACGUUAGGCGGUGAGGAUUGCCAGUGUAGGAAUAAUCUGAAGCUGUCUUGACUGCCCAAGGUAGCGCAAACCAUUCUCCUCGCAUGUUUCCUCGCUUUUCAUCGCAUGUUCCCUGCACCGUAACUUGGUGCCAGCCCAACCCUUCUAGCAACUGCCCGACCCUAGCAGCCGGUGUGCUGCCACGUUACGCCUCACCAAUGCCUUUCUCUUCCUUCGGAACCCGGGCUCUUGCUAAUCUGAACUCGCCAGCCGUCGACGGCCACGGAUAGAGGUACCUCUACUUAGGAGGUACCUACCUAGGAGGUAGAGGCAUGGACGUUAGGAGAGACCUUGAGAUACCUAGGUUUUAAGAGGAACGGCCCGGUCGGCCUUUAUGUAGGUAGGUACCUACAACCUCCAGGUAGGUGCUUAGAUAUGUAAGAGGUAGGUACCUCAAGUUAUAUAUAACGUACUUAA